AUACGUGAUGGCGUUGAACGUGACGGGUCUGGUGGUGGUGGUGGCGUUCUUCCUGCUCAUCCCGGCAGCGGGCAUGUGGGCUGCCAGGCGCUUCAAGAAGUCGGGAGGGACAGGAGAUGGAAUGGAAGACACGCUUCUGGCUGGGCGUAACAUCAACUUGCUGAUGGGGAUCUUCAGCCUUACAUCCACCUGGAUAGGAGGAGGAUUCAUCCUUGGUAUCGCUGAAGCAACGUACAACCCGACAUUGGGAGCAGUGUGGGCUCUCAUGCCUGUGUCUUAUGUCCUUACAUUCUUCUUAGGUGGCAUUUUCUUUGCAAAGCCCAUGAGAGACAACAAGUAUUUGACGAUGAUGGAUCCUUUCCAGCAGAAGUACGGGAACGUACUGGCCAGUCUUCUCACCCUUCCGGCUCUGGUCGCUGAUGUGCUGUGGGUGGCACGCACACCCGUCAGCCUGGGCGUAACUAUGAAUGUGAUCCUGGACCUUUCCUACACCAUCUCCAUCCUCAUCUCCUUUGCCGUGGCCAUCGUGUAUACGCUCGUGGGAGGGUUCCUCUCUGUGGCUUACACAAAUGUCAUUCAGCUCAUCUGCAUCUUCAUCGGCCUGUGGUUGAGUGUCUGUUCCGUCUUGACCAGCUCUCACUUUUUGGACAUCUCACUGACGGCGUACAGUCAAGGCUACCAGGCUCCCUGGAUUGGCACUGUGGAGCUCCAUGAAGCGGGCAUCUGGUUUGACAACUUUAUGGUGCUGGCUCUGGGUGGUUUGGCCUACCAAGCGUUCUACCAGAGCGUCCUGUCGGCCUCAUCUUACGCCCAGGCUCAAGUGACCUGCUUUGCCUCCGCUGCCUUUUGCCUGGUGCUGGGUAUCCCCUCUAUACUAAUCGGAGCUGUGGCUGCAUCGACUGACUGGAACUCAACGAGCUAUGGACUACCAACUCCAUAUGAGCGUGGAGAAGCAGGUUCCAUUCUGCCCAUUAUACUGAAUACCUUCACACCCAAUGUGUCCAUCAUUGGCAUUGCAGCUGUAGCUGCUGCUGUCAUGUCCUCCAUGGACUCUGCCCUGCUGUCCUCUGCCUCAAUGUUCUCCUCCAACGUCUACAAGAACAUCAUCAGAAAACAAGCGUCAGAUCGUGAGAUGCAGUGGGUGAUUCGUAUCUCGGAGGUGGUUGUGGGUCUGGCUGGUACUGGCCUCUCCUUCCUUGACAACAGUGUUCUGGUCUUCUGGCUUUUGGGUGUGGAUAUGUCCUUCACCAUCAUGUUCCCUCAGCUGGUUUGCAUCCUCUUCUUCAAGGUGUCCAAUGGCUACGGUGCUAGUUUGGGCUUCGCCGUGGGAGUCCUCAUGAGAAUCCUGAGUGGGGAGCCACUCAUCGGCUUGCCGCCCGUCAUCUGCUACCUCAACUGCCAACUGAAUGCCGAGGGCACGCUCACCCAGUUGUUCCCCUUCCGCACUACCAUCAUGGUCACCUCCAUUCUAUCCAUCCUGCUAUUCUCCUGGCUGACAGCUUUCCUUUUCAACCGAGGCCUGUUGCCUAAGAAGUGGGAUGUGUUCAAGGUCAAACCAAAGCAGGUGGUCCCUAAAGACGACCAAGAGGUCUCUGCGUCAGAGCUGGAAAUAGAAACCGGGUUCUGAAGGGACUCAAAAGGAGCAAAACGAUUUUGACAAAAACAUUUUAUUAUCAACCUAUCAUCCAGUAUAAGACUUUUUCGAAAGACUUUGAUUAAAUUUGUUCUGAUUUUUUGUUUUGUAAAGACUUUCUAUGAUAGAUAGAUAGAUAGAUAGAUAGAUAGAUAGAUAUAUAGGUCUUUAUUAUCUUUGCACAAGUACAACGAAACUUUGUUUUCAGCACAAACCCGUUCAAGAUUAGACAAAACAAACAGUGUACAGGGUUACAGAACAGGAACGCUGAUGGGUUGCCACAAGGCGCCCCGUAAAAGAUGGGAAAAAGGUAAAACGCUGGGGAAGGAUGAGUAAAAAAAAAAUACAAUCUAGACUAGGCUCCUAGGGGGCCCAGUCUGGAGUGGGAAAAAACCUCCAUAGCAAAGCACAUAUACAUAUUACAACGUAGAUCUCGAGAUAUCUAGCAACAGAGGGAAGG